UCUCCCCCGGAAGUUGCGGCGCAGCCAUGGGCGCCUCGAAGAAGCACCGGGACCGCGGCGGGGCCGAGGCGGCCGAGGAUGCCCCGGGGGCGGCCGGGACGGGCGGCGGCAGCAGCAGCAGCAGCGCGGGGCGGCCCCGCGAGCACCGCAAGCACCGGCACCGCGGCGGGGAGCGGCGCGGGAAGCGCAGCCGCUCUCGGGGGGAGCGCGGUGGCUCCGGGGGAGGCUCCGGUUCCUCGCGGCGCGGAGGGGCCGAGGAGGCCGGGAGGAGCGGCCAUGGCCGGGGGGGCUCCGAGAGCGAGCGGAGAGCUAAGAGGGAGAGGAAGGAGGAGCGGGAGGAACCCGCUCCUCCUAAGUCUGCAGCAGGAGAAUCCUCCCUGAGCGUGGAAGAAACCAAUAAGCUCCGGGCCAAACUGGGACUGAAACCACUGGAGACCAGCACGGCCAAGAAAGAGGCAGGCACCAAGGAGGACCCGGUGGCAGCCGAGGUGAUCAACCCCCUGGCGCUGCGGCAGCGCGAGGAAAUCCGCGAGAAGCUGGCGGCGGCCAAGGAGAAACGGCUGCUGAACCAGAAACUGGGGAAGGUGAAGACGCUGGGGGAGGAGGAGCCCUGGCUGGACGACGCGGCCGCGUGGAUCGAGCGCAGCCGGGCGCUGCAGAGGGAGAAGGAGCUGGCAGAGAAAAGGGCCAAGCUGCUGGAGGAGAUGGACCAGGAGUUCGGCGUCAGCCCCUUGGUGGAGGAGGAGUUCCAGCGGCGCCGGAGGGAGCGUUACAGCGCCCGGGACCUGCAGGGGCUGACGGUGGAGCACGACCCGGCCUCGAUCCCCGAGGGACAAACGCUGGUGCUGACCCUGAAGGACAGGGGGGUGCUGGAGGGCGGUGAGGACGUGCUGGAGCAGGUGGCGCUGGCGGCGGCGGCGCGGGCGCAGGAGGAGCAGGAGCUGCGGCGCCGCCGCCCCAACUACGACCCCUACGGCGAGCAGGAGCCCGGCCCGCAGGCGGCGCCGGCGCUGCUGCCGCAGUACGACGAGCCGGGGCCACGCCCCUCGUUCCGCCUGGGCCCGGGGGGGACGCAGGAUGUGGGCGGGGACCCCCGGCCCGGGCCCCUCCCCCCGCCAGGCCCCGCCCCCCAGAGCCUGGAGCUGCCCCUCCCCCGCCUGGCCAGCGAGUACCUGAGCGCCGAGGAGAUGGCGGUGACGUUCCGCAAGACGCGGCGCCGCGUGCGGAAGCUGCGCAGGAAGGAGAAGCCCCUGAGGGCCGACGACCUCCUGGCCACGGCCCCGGGGGACACCCAGGGUGACUUCGGCUCCAGGUAG